GUCCCAACAGAUUGGGUAUACAAUAACAUUGGGACACAAUAUUAUUGGAUAGCCAAUAAUAUUGUACAAUGUGUUCAAUAAUGAUUGGUAUUGGUGCAUGCCUAGGUAAAGCUAAACUAUAAAAAUCUGAAUUUUCCUAGAAUUAUCCUUAUAAUGGUGAUAAAAAAAGCAGGUGCUUAUAAUUCCAAGAUUUCUCCAUUUUUAGGUGCUAACCGUUUCGGGUGGAUUUUAAAAUGUAUCCAAGACAUAAUUCUGGGUGUAAUAAAGCCCAGCUUUUGACUUUUGUCUUUGUUUUUGUAAAAAAGAAAAGUUUUCGGAAACGUCAGCAAAAUUUUUCAUUUUUCAGAAACUUUUUAUUUUUUUAAAAGACAAAGACAACAGUAAAAAAUUCGCCUAGAAUUGAGUUUUAACUGCAUUAGAACUGCAUUUUAAGAUCAACCCGAGAUUUUCAGCUCUUAAAAUGGAGGGGAAAUCUUGGAACUACGAAAAGCUACAAAGUCAAAAAUCGAUUCAGACGAAAGAAAGAAAACAGAAUAGUCGAGUUUAUGGUACUGUUAGAAAAAUACUUACAACCUUUGACUGGAAUCCGCUGAUCACAUCUUGUUUUUUAUCAUUUAGUUUUUUAUCAUUAUACAUUGGUUUAACCACAGGGCUGUGCGGUUCGAUCACAACGUUUAGUGGUGUCAUGUAUGAUGCUGGCUUAGCAUUGUAUGGCUCCGUAUAUGGCAGAUAUCCAGUGUCCGAUUAUUUAUUUCUGUUAAUAUCCAUAUUUAGUUCCUCAUUUGCUGGUUUUUUAUUUGGUCGCCAUCUUGCUGUUUUAACAACGUUAUCACAACAAAAAGAGAAAAAACAUGAUGGUCAACAAUCUGUACAGCAAGAAAUUAAACUAGAAAAAGCAUCAUCUGUUCAGAUAUUUCAUACAUUUAAUUUACGUCUAUGGCUAUUUCCUCUAUUAAUCGUUCUCAGUAUUCCAGCCAUUUUAGCCAUUAUUGUAACAUUACCCAAUACUAACAAUACAUACAUUUAUUAUUCGGUUUUGUUUGCCCCAUUUGGUUCAUUAACUCGUUGGCUACUAUCGUUUUUAAAUGUUCGAUUUAAGAAAUUUCCCCUUGGAACAUUUAUUUGUAAUUUUACCGGCUCUUGUUUAUAUCUUGGUAUUAUAGCUAUUAUGAUAUAUACAUCAGCAAAUAAUAAUCUUUUACAAAAACAAGUUUUAAUGGCUAUUCUUCAAGGAUAUUGUGGAUGUUUAACAACAGUAUCAACACUUGUAUUAGAAACGAGUACAAUGAAACGUUUAUAUGCCUUUGUCUAUUUUUUUAUAUCUGUCAUUUCUGUACAAAUUAUUUUUCUUUCUGUUGGUGGUGGGUUAAGAGCACUAUUUACCACCUAA